AUGGCCCUCGAAGCUCCCUUAAGGUCAUCGACUGGGAAUCUUCAAUUCCGUUUUCCUGGUCAUCAUAGAGACAUGUCUGCCCCUUCCGAAAUGGAUGGCUUUCGCUCGCCUUUCAGAGUCGUCUCCUCGCCUCCUGCAGUGACCGACUCGGCCUCCCUCCGGCCCAUCUCCGCAAAUCGAAUGUCGGCCAACACCAUGAAUAUCAUGAGCCCUAGCGACAUUGUUGGACCAUCCCCAGUAACAUCCAACGGGACCGAGACAACAGAAAUAGAGGAUGAUGCCUCGGAAGAUGUCCAUCAGGAAACCAACAGCACCAAUUCAGGCCGCCGGUCCGAGCUCUGGAUGCUAUCCACCAACCUACAAGACAGUGUGCGCCAGCCUAGCAGCGAGGAGGCGGUCUCAGUAAUUCAUGCCCCUGAGAGUUUUGCCGCUUGGGUAUCCUCUGAACCUAUCGCCAAGCAGAAUGAACCCAGUGCAAGGGAGUCGCCCAAGGCAGAUGCGACCACCCUGGAUGCUCUGAAUGGCACACCAGAGAAGACAUCUGGACAACCAGCACGCAUUUCUACCGAUGUCAACCCCGUGCGGUACAACCUAGACAGUGCCACACCCCGCGCACAGGACCUGCAGUCAAUGAUAGAUGAUGGUAGUCGGAUGCGGUCGAGCAGCACCAGCAGUCUUGAGAAAAUCGAUGAGCAGACCGAGGCCGAGGGAGACGACGAGGACUACGCCUCCGAGAUGAUGCCAGUGCCCCGAGAGGAAGACGAGAUUAAUGCCUUACGAAGCGCCCUCCAAGAAUGCUGGACUCUCUGCAACACCCUGGCCAAUUUGAGCUCGAUUCAUCGUGCUCGAGUCUUCAAUAAUUCCGGUAUUCCCGACGCCCAUGAGAAGGCCUGGAAGACGUGUUGGAAGCUCUGCCAACGACUCUACGAUAAUCGAGACGAAGAUACGACUUCAUUUAAUGUCAGGGUGAAUCUCGACCUUUGUCGUGACUUCUGCCAAGCUCUCUUUGAUGUCCGGGAUCGAAAUGAUCCCACUGCAGACUCUGUAUUGCGUGUCAGCUUCGAGCUGAACAACCACCUAUAUAGCGCCCAAGACAGUCGCAACCUCCCUGAACAGUUCAGAGAGAGGACGUUGGACUUUUACAUCACCUUGUGCCAUCGGCUUAUGAAGCAACGCAGCGACUUCGUCGACGAGACUGAUCAACUACUACGGGCAUGCUGGGCCCUCGCGGAGAUGCUCUUCAAUAUUCGACAAAAUAAGCGCGACGGCAGACCACCAGAUGAGGAGCUCUUGGGCUCAGCAGUCCAAGCCUGUUGGGAUCUCUGUGACAUAUUCAGGGAUGGCUGGACACAGGUGCGACCAGACAGGCAGACCCCACGACCGAGCCAAACGGGCUUUACCCCCCACCAAGCCAUUGAUCAAAGUGGCCGCCAGAGCCAAGCCUCGAACCGAUCUUCGAUCCAUUCCAAGCGUGAGAGCGUCAAGAGCGGACGCCAGGAAGAAAAGCCGCGGAAGCCACCGCCAGUUCCCGAGACGCCUGUGACCGAGUUCGAGGACACGCCCAUUUCCCCUCAGAGCCACUCGCCCCAGAUGCCCAACAUUCUCGUCCUGGGAACUCCCAGCGAGAACAGUCGAGGCGGGCGAUGGUCCAGCAACGCCUCCAACUUGUCGGGUUAUUCGAAAACCAGUGCCAGGACGUCGAGCACCGCAACGACGACGGCCGCAUCCGAGGACGCAAACGUGACGAGGGCAAAGGUUCUUGUGCUCCGGGCUGCCAUGAACCUCGGUUUCAAUCGCGAUGCCAUCGCCGACCCCAAGUCUGCAGCAGCAGCGCUCCAGCAUUUCGUUCAGGAUCUGCCGAUCGGGUCCUUCGGUGCUCAGAUGGCCCAUGCCACGCUAUUAUCACAAUACAAGAACUCCGUCCUCAUGGACACCAUCAUCCCACGUCACCACUCUCUACCAAUCCGGGGCAAGCGAGUGUCGGCUCAGGAAAUGGCAAAGAGUAUUCACACCAUGAUUAAGAGUUCGCAAAGAUACUCUUACCUCCGCGAGCUGUUCCGCUUUGUUUUCCAGUUCCCACUGGAAGAGGUGGAGACACGCCGAAACAUCAGUAUCGUGGUCUAG